GAAAGAAGGCUGCUCUACAGAGAAUGCAUGAUGGGUACCUGCAUUUGUUUUGGGAUCACAGACUUGUUGUUGAGGUUCUCUCAUGGGGGGUAAUGGUUUCUGAAUAAGCACUUCUCCUUAAGGCUUUCAGGAUUUUGGAUUAAACCAAAUAAGGUAACCAUAUUGCCAAUGCUCUCAGUGGAGGAGCAGAGGAUGUGGAAUUGAUUGCAUAUGCAUGGUUAAUGGGUCAUCUGUUGCUGCCUUUUGGCAUUCAUACUUGGAGGUCGAAUGCAGAGGUCUUCAAUUUUCUCACUGCAGUAGGGAAGCGCCAUGACACUCAUGUCAAGUACAUGUUUCCAUGGGCUGCUGAAGAGCAGCAAACUAUGCUGAGAAACAAGGGACCCUUUUGUUUCUACAAAAAUGGACAGCCAGGGUUAUGCCAAGUGAGGAAGGUGAGGCCUCUUAAUAGAGACACCAGAGCUGACAUUCUGGUUGUUCAAGUUGAUCUUUCAUUUGAAGGAACUGAUGAUAGCGAGGUUGGAACUGGACUGGUGAAGUUGACCUCAAUGGCAAACAAUGAUAUCCAAGAGAUAUGGAACUCUCUCCUUGCCAUGAAUGCGGCUCUUACUAGCCUUCAUUCUCAAGUACAAAAGCCAUUCGAGAAUGAAACAUGCACCCGGUUAGUCUUUCCCAGGCAACAUAAAGAGGAUGGUAAUGGUUGCUGGUGUUGGGAGGAAGCCAGAUCUGAGAACUGUGUCCUCCAUAGAGGAGGUAUCAAACUUAACGUGCAUAUAAAUGGUACUGAAACCACUACCACAACUAAAGGGACUGGGAUAGAGGAUUUACCAUAUCCCGAGGGCCUAUCUGAAGCAUGGCUUGUUUCUAUCUUUGGGUGCACCUUUUCCAGGUGAUGGAAAGAUCAAUCAUAUUUUGAACUUGAACUGCCGCUUUUACUAUUGCAAUUCGGUUGAUGGAAAAUUUUCUUGUUGCACGAGUUCCCCUUUCAAACUUCAUUUUCCCGCAUCUGCAUUCCUUGAUAUUGGAAUCAAGCAAUGCAGCUGCUGCUCCAAUCCCCUCCUUUUUCCAAAUCUCCUUCCAUGAUAAAUAAGGCCAACAAAGAGCAAAUAUACAAGAAUAUAUGUCCCUGAUGUGAAUAUACGCAAUUUUUUUUUUGUUUUUCCCUUCUUCCAACCCCCCCUUUUUCCAAAUCUCCUUUCAUGAUAGAUAAGGCGAAUAAAUAGCGAACAUGCAAGAAAGUCCCUGAUUCUUCUUUCUUUUUCUUUGUAAUGACAUAUAAUGCAAAUGAUAAUAAAUUAUAAGUAUGUGUGAUUAUAUUAUUAGAAUUUUUUAUUUUAUGCCUUCCUUAAAUUAUUCCAUUGUCAAUUCUAUACUUCUAUUUCCUAACAUGAAAAUCUUCUUCCACCAUCAAUGGUCUCGUAGCAGUUUUGUCUAUACUUUUAACCACAAGCCUAGAGUUCAACCUCUUAUCAUUGCAUACCAAAAAACAUGAAAAGCUUGCCCCAUUCUCAAAUAGAGAUUGAGUCCAUCCCUCUUACCAGAAAAUUAAUUCCAAAAAUCACCUGUGAUUUGUUGCCUUGAGCUAUAAUGGAGUCUGGUAAAGAUUUACACAUUAUCAAAAAAAUGUAAAAUAAAAAAAUACUGAACAGAGAAAUUAAGCUCCUAUAGCUCCUAAAUAAGGAUUAUCAAAUGUA